AUGGGCAACAAGAAGAAGGAGCGCGCGGCCAACCGAAAGAAAGCGACCCCGCCGGCCGAUUCCUUGCGCAGUGAUGCGAUUGCAACCGAUGCCGUGGGCCUCGCUCUCGUGCAGAGGAAGGCGGGCAGCAAGUGGGUCUUCACGAGCCGUGACCCAUUGGCGCCGCCGCUCGCGGGGAUGAGCACUCUCCUGCAGGCGCUCUCAUUUGCCGCCAGGCUCGCGCCGCUAGACUCGUACUGGUGGUGGAUCACUGACCAGGCGCUCGAUGACAUCGCAAGGCAGCUUCACGACAGCAACCACUGUGUCGUGGACGGAAUGCUCGGCGAGUCAAGGUGCGCUGCGCUUCAGAGGGAGGUUUGCGCGCUUCGACAGGCGGGCAGGCUCAAGGCAUCGCGGCUCGCGGGCGGAAGGAGCGGCGCCAUGACAUCGUACACGCACAGUGCCGUGCGCGGCGACCUUGUCAGCUGGUUUAACGGCGAAGAGGCCGAGCAGGGCGCGCUGCCCUCCUACCUUCUCCGCGUGGAUACUCUCAUUGAUCAGCUCAAGCCGAGGCUCCAACAGCUGCAGGGCAUCACUGGAAGGUCCAACGCUAUGGUGGCGUGCUAUCCGGGCGGGGGCGCGCGCUACGUCCGCCACUGCGACAACUCCUGCGACGCAGGGAGCGGCAACCGAUGCAAUGGUCGCCGCCUCACCGCGAUUCUGUACCUCAAUUGCGACUGGCAGCCGGGAGAUGGAGGCGAGCUGCGCCUGUUCGAGCCCUUUGCGCCUCCAGGCCGGCCACCUCUGGCCGAUGUGCAGCCCCUUGCGGACCGAGUCGUCCUCUUCUUCGCCGACUACCGAGUACUGCCGUCGCACGCCGACCGGCUGGCGGUGACUCUCUGGUACUUUGACGAGGAGGAGAGGCGGCAGGCUCGCGCCACCGGCGCGGAGGCACUCGCGGAGGACAGGCUGGAGAGCGAGGCUAUCGAGGCCGAGAUCCAGCGCUUUGAGUCCCGCUUCGGAGGCAGCGCCGAUAGGCACGAGCGCCGAGGCGCCACGACGUGA